CCAGGACCCUGCAUUCACUAUAUCUGGUCUCCCACAGUACACACAACAUGGAAAUGCAAUUAUUUUAGUAAAUAUAAACUGCUAAAUACCAUUUCUCAUCAGGAUUUAGAUGAGUCUUGUGACUGUCCAACAGAGCACUGGUUAAAGCUUGUAGGAGGAGUUUUCUUUCUGCUCUAGGAGGAUUCAGAACCCUCGACCUCUGUCUGGACAUUGCUGAUUGGCCCUAUGCUGAUCACAUGCACUCUCCCAAGAAAAAAAAAAGACCUCUCUAGUAAUACACACCAAACUGAGCAUGAGCAGAGUAACUCCACACGAUAUGUCUUAUCAGGAGAUAAGAAG